AUGUAUGGAGUGCACAGUCUAAGCGAAACGCUACAACGAUCCGAACUGUCCGCGAGCUCCCCGCGCGCAUUCUACACCGAUAAAGGGCCCGAGGGUCACUAUCGCAGCCCCUCGCAGAGCUCCGAUGAUAUGGACAAUACCCAAGAGUCGAGACGUCGGUCAACUCUCAAGCCAUCUGAGCCAGAAGUGCGAGAUUCACCCAUCCCCUCUGCCCGCAUUUGUCCCGAUACAGUCUCCCGCCCGUUAACCCCGCUCAACCCCGACGAUGCGCCCUCCUUGCCUAGCAGUCCUAAAUCUAUUUCAAAUCACUCACUCCGACCCCUCGAUGAGAUCUCCCUCGCCGACGAAAUACACAGCCAGGCUAUGGCCUCGGGAGACGAGGAUGAAAGACCUAGACUUUCUCCCCGCCUAGGGGCUAGCGGAGCGCCCCAGCUUAUCAUGCCAAGUAUCAAGAUGCCUAGUAGGCGACCAUUUACAGAACGAGGAAAAGCCAUGGGACGCUUCAAGAUACUCAUUGCAGGAGCUCCCGGAUCGGGCAAAACAUCCCUGAUAAAAUCGAUCGUCCAGACGUGCGAAGACAUCGUACAUGUUGAUUCCCUCGCUUCUCCAUCUCCGAUCACCUCACUUGAGCGGCGCCGCUCAUCGCGGGUCCACUCUGGAUCAGUCCCCACUCAAGGCCGCGGGGCGCCCAGCGCUAUCGCUAUCAACGAAAUCUACGCUAGCACUAAACCGUAUCCUGCGUGGUGGUCUGAUCUUGAAGACUCGCGCGUGCUUCGGCGUCGAAAAAGUAUUGGCGAGAUCGUGCUGGAGCGGAAUCUUUGUUUUGUUGAUACUCCGGCUGUUUCGCUGAGUCGGCCUGGUCAGACAGAUGCUGUUUUGCAGUAUAUGCGUCAGCAAUUUCACCGGGCUACUGCCGCUUUGAACAGCUCGAGUGUAGAUAUGCAGAAUUUACUUGCGGGGAAUGGGGGGGUCGCAGCUACGCUUUCAACGGACAUUGAAUGUAUACGAAAGCUUUGCGAGCUGACGAACGUCAUUCCGGUCGUGGCCAAAGCUGACAAAUUCUCCCCGGAACACAUUGAAAUGAUAAAGGUUCGAUUUCAUCAAGAGGCCCAAAGUGCCGGCAUCAAGCCAUUCUUGUUCGGAGCACCGCCAGAGGGACUGGAGGGCCUUGACCCCCAGCCACCAUACACAGUGUCGUCCGAGAAAACCACAGACUUGGAAGUCAUGGACGCAAGCACACUAAUGAGCCCGGAUUAUGUACAACCACUCGUUCCAUCAGAAUUGGACAUUCUGGUACAGAAAUUAUUCGACCGGGAACAUCUCGCCUGGAUGCGCCAUUCAGCUGCUAAGAAGCUGGUCCAGCGAGGUGGAGAGUUCUCUGCUAUCCCACCACCACCGACAGCGCCUCUAUCCCCUGCUUUCUCCGCGGACAGAUCAAGCUGGCAAGCUUUAUCAGCCGACUAUGCGAUGGCACGGCUGUCAGACUAUACCCGCCACGAGGAGCGCAUGGCCCAAGUCCACUUGGCGCACUGGGCAACGGAUCUGCAGCGAAGCCUACAGAACGAGCGUGAUCGAUAUGCAUCGCUGGCUCGGGGUGAUCGGGCCGUUUGGCUGACGGAGAAACUGAGUGAGUGCGUGAUUGAUGGCUCGCUGGUCCCGAUUUCCAAAACACCCGGUUUCUGCGGGCUGUACACGCCAUCGAGCGAGAAGCACCCCGGUCUACAUCCCAUGAGAUCAUCUGCCGACUACCGAGUCUCACUGAGUCACGCCGACCCGCUGGGUAUCGUUGGAUGGGUCGACGACCUCGGGCGACGGAGCUGGGCUCUUGUCCAAAUCGUUGGCAGUGUGGGCGUUGUUGGUGGAUUGGCGCUGUGGCUGGCUCGGACGUGGGGCCUACCGACUCGUAGCCUGUCAGAUCUACAAUUGGAAUACUGGUACGGUACUCUUGAGCGGUAA